AUGGGAAGAAAGGCUCGUCAUCUCACCCUCGAUGAAAAGAAAGCUGCUAAGUGUGAGCAGCAAAAGAAGUAUGCACAGUCAGACCGUGGCCGCGUGCGCAAAGCCGUUCAAAACAAACGGGCUUACACGGCUCGUAAAGGGAACAUCAUACCUAGUCCCUUCCACCGCGUCAUACCCGGUAUAGCACAAGAUAUCCUACGGCUCGCACGUAGACCAUGUCCGCUAUCCACCGCCCAAGAUCCCGAAGCACCAGAGGACCUUGGCCUUUGGACAACGCCGUACAUUCUCGAGGUACCUGAGGCGUACGAGGAGGCGGAUACCGAAUGGGGGGAAAUGGACGACUUCUUCCGAGAGAAACCAGCAGAAUUACAAGACAUGGCUGCUUUCGAGCGAUCGUUGCACGCACAUCAAUUCGCGUGCCUAAAGGAGGCUGGGUUGGCGCGCGUGCGGCAGUGGUCAGAUUGCGUUGACAAGGAGGCCGUUGUAACAUACUGGAACGGUGAACUGUCUGCACGUUUGCGUGCAUGGGAGGAUAUGAAUGCGGAUGAUAGAGCCAGAGGGAAUAUUGGGCAGUUGGUCUGGGACAUCGGACGCGAAUGGGCCGCUAAGAUUGUCUGUACCUUGAAAGUGGAGAUUGACUUGAUGGUGACACCGGAGGAUGAGUACAGUACCAGUUACAAUGAAGGGCGGCUGCUGUGGCAAUGUAUGAACGUAGUAUCACAAGCGUAA